AUGGGGGACUGGAACUUGUUGGGCAGCAUCCUUGAAGAAGUGCACAUCCACUCCACCAUAGUUGGCAAAAUCUGGCUCACAAUCCUUUUCAUAUUCCGGAUGCUGGUGCUGGGAGUGGCUGCUGAAGAUGUCUGGGAUGACGAGCAGUCAGAGUUCAUCUGCAACACAGAGCAACCAGGCUGCAACAAUAUCUGUUACGACAAAGCCUUCCCCAUCUCUUUGAUCAGAUACUGGGUACUGCAGAUCAUAUUUGUCUCCUCCCCAUCCUUAGUGUACAUGGGCCACGCGCUCUACAGGCUAAGGGCACUGGAGAAAGAGCGACAGAACAGGAAAGCCCACCUGCGGGCUCAGCUCGAGGACCUGGAGCCCAUGCUCGAGGAACACAGGAGAGUGGAGAGAGAACUGCGUAAGCUGGAGGAACAGAAGAAAGUGAAUAAGGCACCCCUGAGGGGGUCCCUGCUGCGCACCUAUGUCCUACAUAUCCUGACCCGGUCGGUGGUCGAAGUGGGCUUUAUGAUAGGUCAGUAUCUUUUAUACGGGUUUCACAUGUCUCCCCUUUACAAAUGCACUCGGCCCCCUUGCCCUAACACGGUGGAUUGUUUUGUGUCCCGACCCACAGAGAAGACCAUCUUUAUGGUUUUCAUGAACAGCAUCGCCGCCGUCUCCCUCUUCCUCAACAUCCUCGAAAUCGCCCACCUGGGCAUCAAGAAGAUCCAGAAGAGCCUGUGCGGGCAGCCGCAGUGGCCGGCGGGCCCUUCCGAGGAGGACCCGAGCCUGUACAACUCCAAGAAAAGCUCGGUGGUGCCUCCGCCGCCCUGCCUGGCCAGCAACGCGUCCCCGCCGCGCCCCGCGCCCGCUCCGCUCCCGCCGCCCGCGCCCGCCGCCCCCGCUCCGCCGCCGGCCCGGCAGCACCGCGGGCAGCUCCGGGGCACGCCGCCGCCUCGCCGCCGGCACCACGGACAGCACCAGCCGCCCUCCUCCAGCAGCGAGGAGGCUCCGCGGGCCGCCCCGGCUGGCGGCGGGCCGGGGGCGGCGGGGGCUGCCGCUGCCGCCCGCCGGGCGCCCCGCAGGCACAGCCGGGUGAGCGCCUGCCGGGAUCUGGAUGAGGAGCGCGGCGACUCCCCGGACAGCGGGCACUGCCCGGGCACCCGCAAGUCCAGCUUCCUCUCCCGCGUCCUCACCGGGAGCCGGGCGGGCAGCGACAGCGAGAGCACUGCUUCCCGCGGCGGCUCCGGGUUUGUCCCACAUGUGACCUCCAAGCUGAAUGAUUGUUCAAUGAAUAAAUCAAAAGAUCUACAUGUAAAAACUCCCACCAAGUAA